UAAUGCUCUUUUUUAAUAGAGUGAGUUAUAAAGUUAGAAACAUUAUUACAUCACAUUAUAUUAUAUUAUAUUAUUAAUAAUGCUCUUUUUUAAAGGCUUAGGAUACAAAGUUAGAAAAUCUAUAUUUUAAAUUACAUUUUGAUAAUUAUAUUAUUGAUUAGAUAUUGAUAUUUUAAUAGGUUGAGGUUAAUAAAUUAGAAAUUAUUUUUAAAAAAUCAAAUCAGUAAUGCUCUUUUUAAUAACUGUAAGCGAACUGUACAGCAUUGUUUACUAUAGCCUAUUACAGUAUAUGUGUCUCUUUGGAACUGGAGUCCUCACUAUGACACAAGUACAGUAGUGUACAGUAGUCCAGUCUAGUGUGUGGUUUAAUUGUUAACGCAGAGCGGGUUUUAACUGUGUUAAAGCUCGCGUUUAGCACGCAUGCCCUGUGCUGAGCGCGUCUUUCUGUCCGGCCCAAAGUCACAUCUGAGGAUGUGCGAGAAAAUAUCCGGUUGCAAUUGACGGGCAGCGGCAGCCGGAGCACUAAAAGUGGCGUCUUCCCACGGGACCCUCCUCACCUCCAGUGAGCGAGUGCGCGCACGCAGUGCCCGGGACCGAGAGUUUGUGCGGAAAGAAAACAGAGAUGAGCCACGCUACAACGAAGUUAUAGCAUGGACCAGCUAUGUUGUCGAGAAAAGGACUCAUUCCCGAGGAUUACCUGCUGACCCGCUUGGCGGAGAAUGUGCUACAGCCUAAAUUCAAGGCUAAAUCGCGGAAAGCGCGAUUCGUCGCCAAGAACGGAACGUGCAACGUCGCGCACACGAACAUUCGCGAACAAGGACGCUUUCUCCAGGACGUCUUCACUACUCUAGUGGACUUAAAAUGGCUUCACACGCUUUUGAUCUUCACUAUGUCGUUCCUGUGCAGUUGGCUCCUGUUCGGGAUGAUCUGGUGGCUCAUCGCGUUCGCGCACGGAGAUCUGGACGCGAAAGGUGAGGACUUUGUGCCGUGCGUAACGGACAUCCACUCGUUCUCCUCCGCGUUUCUGUUCUCCAUCGAAGUGCAGGUGACUAUCGGUUUUGGCGGGCGGAUGAUCACCGAGGAGUGCGUCUCGGCCAUCGUGAUACUGAUCCUUCAAAACAUAGUAGGUCUGGUGAUCAAUGCCAUCAUGCUAGGAUGCAUCUUCAUGAAAACAGCGCAGGCGAACCGGCGAGCGGAAACGCUCAUCUUCAGCAAACACGCGGUUAUAACGGUUCGAAACAACAACCUGUGCUUCAUGUUUCGCCUUGGCGACUUGAGGAAGAGCAUGAUCAUCAGUGCCACCGUGCACAUGCAGGUGGUGCGCAAAACCAUCACCAGCGAAGGCGAGAUCGUGCCUUUGGACCAGAUCGACAUCCAGAUGGACAACCCGGUGGGCACCAACAGCAUCUUCCUGGUGUCUCCCCUCAUCAUCAGCCACGUCAUUGACAAAAACAGCCCUCUGUAUGAUUUGUCGGCGGCGGAUCUGCAGCGUGAGGACAUCGAGGUGAUCGUCGUCCUGGAGGGGGUGGUGGAGACCACCGGCAUCACCACCCAAGCGCGGACCUCUUACCUGUCCGAGGAGAUACUGUGGGGCCAGAGGUUUGUGCCCACGGUGUCUGAGGAGGAUGGGAUGUACGCCGUGGACUAUUCUAAGUUUGGAAACACCGUGAGAGUGGCGACGCCGAGCUGCAGCGCCCGCGCACUGGAUGAGGCGGGAGGAAUGGAGAGAUUCAAACUGCACGAGUCGAGCAGCAGCGCGUCAUUGAGGAGGAGAAUUAAACCUCAAAACAGCACAGAUCUGUGAAUUUACUCUGUCAUUAACCUCCUGAGACACAGCGAAACGGUUUGACUUUUUAAUGUAUAUAUAUAUAUAUAAAACUGUAUUCUAGUUAUAGGUUGCCUUUUUUCCAUCAAAAAUACAGAAAAAGGUAAUAUUGUGAAAUAUUGUUAUGAUGUAAAAUGCAUAUGAUGUAAAUAAUAUGCAUUAAAAUUGAAUUUAUUCUUGUGAUCAAAGCUGAAUUUUCAGCAUCAUUACUCCAGUCUUUAAUGUCACGUGAUUUUUCAGGAAUCAUUCUAAUAUCCUGAUUUAUUAUCAAUGUUGGAAACAGUUGUGCUGCUUAAAAUUUGAUUUUCGGAACCUGUAAUAGGUUUUCUUUCAGGAAAAUUUUUACAUUUUAAAAGAACAGCAUCUAUUUAAAAUAGAAAUAUUUUCAAACAAUAUAUACUACCGUUCAAAAGUUUGGGUUAGUCCAUUUUUAUUCUCUGUUUCUUUGAAAGAAAUUAAUACUUUUAUUCAGCAAGGGUGUGUUAAAGUGAUAACUUUAACUAACAAUAUAAAGACUUAUGUUUGUUAGAAGAGAUUAAUGUUUUGAAUAAAUGAUCUUUAAAUGUUUUUUUUAACUUUUUAUUUAUCAAAGGACUCAAGUGUACAAAAGUAUUACAGGUUGAAAAAAUAAAUAAAAUAAAAUAAAUAAAUAAAUCAGUGUGUUCUGCCAUAUGAAUAAAUCAGCAUAGUAGAAUGAUUUCUGAAGGAUCAUGUGACACUGAAGACUGGAGUAAUGAUGCUGAAUUCAGCUUUGCAUCACAGAAAAAAAUACAAUUUUAAAUUAUAUUCAAAUAGAAACCAUUAUUUUAUAUUGUAAUAACAUUUUGCAAUUUUACAGUUUUUUUUCUGUAUUUUUAAUCAAAUAAAUGCAGCCUUGAGUCUUCUUUAAAACAGAUCUGAAAUAUUUCAUAUAUUAAAUAUCAUUUUAAUGUUACAUUUAAUGUAUACACACACAGCUAAUAUUUAAUUUGUAAUUUAAAGUUACGUAUUCAAAUAUUUUUAGAUUUGAUAUUUUAUAUAUGCUGCCUGUUGUAUAUAUACACACACAUUCAUAGUAUUGUAACAAUUUAUAACUAUGAAUAUAUUUUUAGUUUAAUAUUUAUUAUUUUAAUCAGUUUUUAAAGAAUAGAAAUUUAAUCUGAGACCUCUUUAAUUAUUAUUACUACAAUUAAUAUAAAUAUAUUAAAAAUUAACAUUAAAUAAAAAUAGAAAUUAUUUUGUAAUAUUUUUAUAUAUUUGCUUUCUCUAUACUCAUGCAUUACAUCAUAAUAAUUAACUGUAAUAAUACAUAAUUAAUGCAUAUAUUAGUUUAAUAUUUUAAUUGCAUAUUUAAUCUACAUUUUAAUCUGAGAUCUCUUCAAAAUAUUUUAAAUAAUUAUUUAUAUCAACAAAACUGUUCACAUGUCUACUGGUAAGUCUCAGGAGGUUAAUGCUUAAAUACCACGUUUGUAUGUACAGUUAAACACUACAGCAAUACUACAUCAAUAUUAUAUAUUUUAUUGAGGAUAAUCAGUUUUAGGAAAUACAGAUGCACUGAAUACGUGUUUUCUUCAUAUAAAGCUCUCUUGUUGAGAGAUACGCACGUUUGAAUGAAGGUCUCAGGGUGUUGAAUGAUUGCACGUGCUUUAAGAAAGCAUAAAAUCCCUGUUUCAUGCCUGCCUUGUUAUAUAAAUAAACCAGCCUGUUUAUUUGUACUGUA